UGUUAUCUAAUAUAUUCCUCAUUUGUGCGCGACCAAUAAUUUUAUCAAUUAUUAAAAAGUGAUCGUAAUGUGGUAUUAUUUGGAUUAAAUUACGAACUAAGAUAAUAUGGACGGGACACAAGGCCUUAUCCGAUUUUGUUAUAUAUUUCACGUACAAGGGUGAAUUUUAAAGUAACAGUCCCAAUAAUUAUUUUACGAUUCUCAACUCAGUUUUUUAAAAUUUUGUAUUCUGAAAACAUGUUUGUCACUAUAGUUCAUGAUUGCCAAAUAUUCUUCUACGGAAUUUUUAUAAUAAAACAGGACCGCACUCCCUGUUCCCGCCGACCAUGACGUGCUGUUCGUUUUAUCCUAGUUCGUGAUAAAACGAACACUAUACAUUUAUUAUUCAUUUUUAUUUAUCUCCAGAAAUGGGGUCAACAAUUGGAAUGAAGACCCCCCUGAAAGGACCUAAAACGCAGUCUAUGUAUUUAUAAGUCUAUGGGUUGAAUUCUUCUUAAAUAGUUUUUAUCAUGGACUCUGAAAAUGUGUCUUAUCGAGGUAAAAAGAAAAAAAAAAUACCAGUAGAUAUUCAACAUAAACAAUGUGCAGAGUUUAUAAAGCAUUGUCAUUUAAAUUUAAGACUGAAUUCAUUGAAGAUGGGUACAGAAGAAGCAUGGGAAAGACAUUGUGCAGACAAAAAACUUUUAAAAAAUUACUCAAACACAAUGCAUCAACUUGCUUCAACAUUUUGGGAUAUAAAUAACAAAAACUUGAUUACUACCUGCAGAAUUACUUGGAUUUCUAAUUACACACUAAAAUAUUUUAUUGAUGAUUUUUUGCAAGAAUUAGAGCGGGAAAAAUCUUUGGCUAAAAAUUUUUGUAUUGAUUGGAAUAGUGAAAUUGGUUCUAUUCCUAUAUCACCUUACACCCUAUUAGAUGUAGGAAGUUGUUACAACCCAUUCCAAAACAAUUUGUCUUUUAAAGUUUUUCCCAUUGAUAUUGCCCCAGCAAUUGCAAAUGUUGUAAAGUGUGAUUUUCUUUCAGUAAAGUUAGGACCAAAACUUAUAAUAUCUCAGAACACAUGUAAUGAAUUACCUUUAUCUAAAUUUGAUAUUGUUGUAUUUUCAUUCCUCUUAGAAUAUUUUCCUACUUCAAAACAAAGAUAUUUAUGUUGUAAAAAGGCCUAUGAUGUUUUAAAAUCAGGAGGUAUAUUAGUAAUUGCUACACCUGAUUCAAAUCAUGAAUCCUACAAUUCAAAAUUAAUGAAAAAUUGGAAGUUUGCUUUGUCGAGUUUAGGAUUUUGGCGUAUUAAGUAUGAAAAACUGACUCAUAUGCAUUGUAUGAUUUUUAGAAAAUGUAAAAUAAAACAAAUUCCAUUGAGUUGGUUAAAUUUGAUGUGUAAAAAUUCAAGUAAUUUUGAAAAUUUAAUAACAAUUCCUCAAGAUUCUAAAAACAAUUUAAAUUUCAAUAAAAGAGUUAAAACUACAGAAAUUCGGCCUGAUAAUGAAGAUAUUGCUAGUUUAUUUGAUGAAUUAGUACAUAUAAAUGAUAAAUAAUACUCGUUUGUUACCUAGUUGUUUCAUAAAAUUAUUAUAUCUGUUGUGUAUUAAAAUAAUUAAAAUAUUUAA